AUGGACAAAGGAAAGAGUAUCCAAGCUGAGCCAAGUGAAGAAGAGAGGAUCGACAUACAAAAGCAGCACGAAAAGCAUCUGUAUCAAUUAUUGUUUCCUCCUGGGAGCCCCGAAGAGGAAAUCAACGAAGAGAGUUAUGAGGAAGCACUUGCCCACAAACCUUCUUUUGAAGAACGUCUGGCAAAAGGAGACAAGGAAAUUUCUCUCGAAGCAUAUCCGCACGAACGCCAAAAAAGGAUAAAGGUCAUUUCCUGCGCACUCGUUUUCAAACAUUAUCGGUCUAGGCAUAUGCUGGGACCUGUCGAAAGAGCGUCAUCCCAAGAGGGAUCAGUGGAUCUCCGCAAAAAGUGUGAGUGUCAUCCCAACCAAAAGGGGCAUACGAUAGAAGAGUGCAUAGAAUUCAAGAAUGAAGUCCAUCGUUUGUUCAGUAUGGAAAGUAUUACGAACACUUGGGGUAACACGUCCUCCUUGUGUGUGACGAACCACUGCUUGACAUACCGGUCACAGAUAAGACCAGAUUCUUUCAAUGCGCAAUCACACCUUUCAAGAAAACGAUGAUGGAAAUCUACUCAGAACUAGUUCAAAAUGGCAUCUUCACCUAUUUCUAUAGGGGUAUGGAGAUGUUGUAUUCUCUUCGGUACGAAGUUUGAAAGCGUUGUCCCUAUCACGAUGCCACAGACCACAACAUUAAAAAGUGUCUUGACUUCCGCCACGACCUCAAAUCCCUCACCUACAUAG